CUUCAGCUUCUGCUACCAUUAAUCCCUUCUUGAGCUCACACCGACCACCAACUUCAACUUCAACUUCAACUUCAACUUCUUCCCAAAACUGAACAUGCCUGCUUCUGCUUCUGCUUUUGCUUCUCACCAACUUGACCAUCUUGUUGGGGACUUCUACUCCAGAAGACUACUCCUCCACAACCCUCUUUACCCUCCACCCAUCUCUCCUUCUUCAACCUCGCACGACGCAUCUUCUUCUUCUCCUGAUCAGUACCCCGGUGACAACAGCUUCGAUGCUAAUGUGGUCAUGGUGCUCUCAGUCCUCCUCUGCGCUCUGAUUUGCUCUUUGGGGCUCAACUCCAUCAUAAAGUGCGCUCUGAGAUGCUCGAGCUUCGUGGCCGCUGAGUCCUCUUCUUCCUCCAACAACUCGGCGAGGCUGGCCAACACCGGAGUCAAGAAGAAAGCCCUCAAGACUUUUCCGACCAUUAGCUACUCAGCUGAGAUUAAGCUUCCCGGGUUGGACAGUGAGUGCAUGAUUUGUUUGUCGGAGUUUACAACCGGCGAGCGCGUGAGGCUACUUCCCAAGUGUAACCAUGGAUUCCAUGUGAGGUGCAUCGAUAAGUGGCUGAGCUCUCACUCUUCGUGCCCUAAAUGCCGGCAGAGCUUGAUCGAGACAUGUCAGAAGAUCGUUGGCUUCAGCCAGGCGGCCGGUAGCUCGUCGGAGACGACGACUCGUGCUCUUCCUGUGCAAGAAACUAUAGUAAGCAUUGCAGCACUUCAACCUGAAGGGUUUAUUCGUAAUUAUAGGGGAAUUAUUAGCUAAGCAAAGAAGCUAGUUAGUUGAGGUUGAGCUAUUUGAAUUGCCUUUAGGGUUAUAAUGGAUGAAGCACUAAUUCAAGUGUCUUCAUUUCUGGUAAGAUGUCACUAUAUAGCUAGCUAAUUAAGCCAUAGCCAAGGCAAAGUGUAAUUAUUGCUAGUAGUUGUUAAUUUGUACAGAGAGUACUUUGGAAUUGUGAAUUAUUGAAAUUAUUUGCUCCUAUG